AUGGAUGCCGCAGCGCUGCGGGAGUUCUGCCACCGCGAGCGCCCGCCGAGCGUCGUGCUGGACAACAUGUUUGAUGCCUCCAUGCCGCCGGCAGCCGAUGCGAUCGAAUUAGACGUCGGGCAAGAAAUGACCAGGAGUUUUGGACGUGUGCUGGACUGCGAAGCUAUCCUUUCAACCGGUAUCGUCACUGUUUUCUUCGCCGAAGACGGCGCAGCGCAGCGCUGCGCCGCAGCGCUUCACGGCGGCAAUUUUGACGGCCGGCGCAUCGGCGCGCGCUACUGCGCCGGCGGCGCGACGCGCGCUGUGGCCAACGGCACGUCGUCGGCGCCGGGCGCUACGACGACUCACCAAGCCGAGCCAGACGCCACGGACGCCGAUGCCGCGGACGCCUCCGUGGGCGACGCGACGCCGCCCGAGGCCGAACUCGGCGAUACCACUGGCGAUGAAGGUGAAAGCGGCGACGACGGGUCCUGCGGGUCGCUCGCCGCGUCGCUGUCGGACGACGACGACGAGAGCGACGCCGGCGACGUCGUGUCGUCGCUCCGAGAGCACGUGCUCAAGGCGACGGCGCCGCCGCCGCCGCCCGCGGGGCGGGGGCGGGGCCGGACGACGCCGGCGUGGCUCGCCGCGCAGCAGACCAAUGCCACCGCGGGCCCGGUGCCGCGCAGAAACGGAGGUGUUGCAUCAGCCGCGCAGCAGCCCAAAGCCGACGAGGACGAGGAGUCCGCCUGGACCGCCGGCCCCGCCGCGCAAAAGCGCUUCGCGGCGGCCGCCGAGGUCGCGGCCAAGGCCCAGGCCGACCGGCUGGGCGAGCGCGUCGGCGGCUGGGAGGUCCACGAGAAGGGCGUGGCCUCGAAGCUGAUGGCGAAGAUGGGCUACGUCCGCGGGAGCGGCCUCGGCAAGCACGCGCAGGGGCGCACGGACAUUCUGCCGAUUCCCGCGCCCCGCCGCGGGACUAGGGACUGCGAGAACCCCGGCCUCGGCGCUCCCGAAGCGGCGCCCGUCGAGGCGCCCAAGUCGACGGCGGGCCGGGCCGCGAAACGGAGUCGGGCCGCCUACGAUAGGGAGUCGGGCCGCGCCGCGCCGCGCUCGGUUUUCGACGCCGUCGCCGCGACGACGCGGCGCGCCGUGGCGCCGGACCCGAAGAAGCUCAAGGAGGCGGCGCGGCGGAAGACGCAGAGGGACGUCCACCGGUCCGCGGGCGCUUUGCGGGCCGCGGACACGGCCGGCGCCGAAGCUCUACGCGAGCUCGAGAAGCGCCUGGCGGCCCUCGAGCGGGCCAAGGCGCGCCAAGCCGCCCACGGCGCCGACGCCGUGUUCGCGGCGAAGCGCGACCGCGAGAUCGCGGACGUCCGUAAUCGCAUCGACGCGCUGACGGCGAGGCAUUCGCACCUGCGCAACGCCUGCGCGACGCGGCGCGACCGCGACCGGAAGGAGAAGCACGUGUUUUAA